AUGGAAGUAUCAGUUGUGGCCAGUGUUGCACUACGUGUUUUUUUGGUGAGCAUAGUAAUUACAUUGGCAUGGAGGGUGCUGAAUUGGGUGUGGCUGAGGCCGAAGAAGCUAGAAAGAUGUCUAAGGCAGCAAGGUUUGGCGGGCAACUCGUACAGGCUUUUGGUAGGUGACACGAAGGAAAGCUCCAUGAUGGUGAAAGAAGCAAAAGCUAAACCGAUGAACCUCUCCCAUGAUAUAACGCCACGUGUCCUUCCUUUUCUUCAUCAAUCUGUGACCACUUAUGGUAAGAAUUUUUUUAUUUGGAUUGGGCCCACACCAAGAGUGAACAUCAGUAAUCCAGCGGAUGUGAAAGAUGUAUUUACGAACUAUGAAGAUUUUCAGAAGCCAGUAAUAAAUCCACUUGUCAAGUUGCUGGCAACAGGUCUGCCAAACUAUGAGGGCGAGAAAUGGGCAAAACACCGUAAAAUCAUCAACCCGGCAUUCCAUUUAGAGAAGCUAAAGCGUAUGUUACCGGCAUUCCACCUAAGUUGUAGUGAGAUGAUUGAAGAAUGGGAGAGGUUGGUGUCUAAGGAGGGUUCAUGCGAGUUAGAUGUUUGGCCUUACCUCGAAAGUUUGGCAGCUGAUGUGAUUUCUCGAGCAUCAUUUGGGAGUAGCUAUCAAGAAGGAAGGAAAAUAUUUCAACUCUUGAAAGAGCAAGCAAAACUUACAAUAAGAGCUUUACAAAGUGUUUACAUUCCAGGAUGGAGGUUUCUACCAACUAGGAGUAACAAGAGGAUGAAGGCGAUUGACAAAGAAAUAAAAGGUUCACUGAGGGAUAUUAUUAGUGCAAGAGAAGAGGCAAUUAGGAUGGGUGAAGCUACAAAAGAUGACUUAUUGGGUAUACUAUUGGAGUCUAACUUGAAGGAAAUUCGAGAAAAUGGGAACACCAAGAAUGUUGGGAUGAGCAUUGAGGAUGUGAUUGAAGAGUGCAAGCUGUUUUACUUUGCGGGGCAAGAGACCACUUCAGUGUUGCUUCUUUGGACACUGGUUUUACUCAGUCAAAAUCAGAAUUGGCAAGCUCGUGCAAGAGAGGAGGUUUUGCAAGUGUUUGGAAGCAAUAAACCAGACUUCGAUGGGCUAAAUCACCUCAAAGUUGUAACCAUGAUUUUACUUGAAGUUCUUCGAUUAUACCCAGCAGUUGUUGUGCUUUCUCGAGCCAUUCACAAGAACACACAGCUUGGAAAAUUGUCAUUACCAGCUGGAGUGGAAGUCUCCUUAAACACACUACUUGUUCACCAUGACAAAGAAUUGUGGGGUGAGGAUGCAAACGAGUUCAAGCCAGAGAGGUUUUCAGAAGGAAUUUCAAAGGCAACAAAGAACAAAUUUGCCUACUUCCCUUUCGGAGGGGGGCCAAGGAUUUGCAUUGGACAAAACUUUGCUAUGGUGGAAGCUAAAUUGGCCUUGGCCUUGAUUUUACAACACUUUGCCUUUGAGCUUUCUCCAUCCUACGCUCAUGCUCCUUCUGCAGGCAUAACCCUUCAACCUCAAUUUGGUGCUCAUAUCAUUUUACAUAAACGUUGA